AUGCGAGUCGAUCACUAUCAAUACCUGAUGGACAGGGGCUGGAGGAGAUCAGGAUCGCUCUAUUACAAACCGGAUCUCCUGCGGUCAUGUUGUCCCCACUACACGAUACGUCUGAAGGCAUCAGAAUUCCGACCCGCGAAAGACCAACGACAAGUGAUGAAUCGAUGGAACAACUACGUUCUCGGCCCAGAGUACAAACGAAAAGCUGCUAUGCUGUGUCCACAAUCGCGAGAGCAAGUUGAAGCACAUGGUUGUAAGAAUGCAGCUAACAUGCACAGGGAAAAGCGCCGUUUGAGAGACAAAUUUGACCUGUCGACCGCGGUCCACAAAGCGGAAUACGACAAUGUUAAGCGUCCAGUGGGCAAAAAGACUGGUGUGUCCAUUGAACCUGCUCAUAGAUUCGAGGUCAAUCUCGAAGGCGAUAGCUUCACAAAGGAGAAAUACGAGAUCUUCUUGAAAUAUCAGUUGCGGAUACAUAAGGACCCUGCAUCCCGGUGGAAAGAGUCUGACUUCAAGCGAUUCUUAUGCACUGGUCUUGACCGGAAGAUUCUCAAGAUCGGCGGCAAGACACUCAAACUGGGGUCGUACCACCAGUGCUAUCGCCUCGAUGGAAAACUGGUGGCUGUGGCAGUUCUCGACCUUCUACCCCAUGCCGUCAGCUCAGUCUAUCUCUUCUAUGAUCCUGAGUACGAGGCCUGGGAUCUGGGAAAGAUGAGUGCUCUGCGAGAGAUAUCGCUGGCCAAAGAAGCCGGUUACGAGUACUAUUACAUGGGCUAUUAUAUCCACUCAUGCACAAAGAUGCGCUACAAAGCCGCUUUCUCUCCGACCUACAUUCUCGACCCAGAGAGCUAUGAAUGGAAUCUCUUCGAUGAUAAAUAUCGCCAGGAGCUCGACAAGAGGAAAUACGUCUCUCCGUCCCAUGAUCGGAAACGUGGAGUGGAUGCUGCCGAGGGCACCAUUCAACAAGCAGGUGCCAGAGGGACUUCGGAUAGCGUCCCUGCUCCUAAAACCACGAAAGAAAGAGGACGAAUGUUUGACGACGAACAAGAUCUAGAGUUCGACGAACCCCCAAGCGACGAAGAAGAUGCGGAAAUACCCGAAGGAUCCUUGUUUGAUUACGAGAUACCCGGUGUGCUGACGAAAGAUGAAGUGAAACGUCUUGAUCUCGACCACUGGCGCCUCGUCGUAGGCAAUACUCUGAUCGAGUUAGAGGAUCUCCGGGACUGGGAAGAUGGGAAAAUUGACGACCCGGAUACUAUGAAAGGCAUGGCGGCAGAACUUGCUGCAGUUACGGGGCCGAAACUCCUCCAGAACAGUGCGCUGGCACGACGCCUUCAACCUGCGGAACUGACAUCGGUGGAAUUCGACAUGAUGAAAAUUCUAUUUGCGUCUCUAAGCCUCCUGGCCUUGGGUGCUCUUGCCUCGGGUCUCAAUCACAAUUCCGGCACAGUACUUGAUACACAGCCAUACCAUCGCAUGCCGAUUCCAACGACAGUCCUGAUACGUCCUUCCACAACCACCACAGUCAACCACUUGAUCUCCCCCUCGUUUCCCGUCGUCACCGACCUCGCCACGGGUAGCUGGCCAGCUUCCAGCGCUGCGAGUGCGCACAGAGCGCCGAGGGUCUUUGUUGGCCUCGCACAUUUGAUGAAUAUCGGUUCGGGCUAUCCUGUGAGCGACACAUCUGCCAGCGACGGCGUGUUUGGUGAUGUGUGCUUUGAAGAAGAGAACCUGUCUCCCGAGGCAUCUGUCCCUGGCGCAGAGAUCGAGAAAGGAGGCGGAGGCGGUCAAGGUGGUGGUCACGAAACAGAAGGAGGAAAUGUUGGAAGGGGAUCCGCAGGAGCGGGGGUUCAAGGCGCUGGGGGCAGAGGUGCAACAGGGGGAGUGAGUAAAGCUGCCGCGGUGCCUCUGCCCUUGAAGUUCUUGGGGUUUCCUUUCGUUGUUGCGCGACACGCCGGGGCAGCCAUUCACCCAACCAUCAAUAUGACCUCGGACGCAAUUGGCAAGCUUAAGCUCAUGGGAGCUAAUGAGGCUAUGAUCAUGGUCCAGAACAAAACAAGCAGUGUCGCCAGCAUGCCUCGACCUGGGAGGGUCUUUGGCCUGGGUUUUGCUUUGAUCCAUCGAGUCAGAGCAGCUACGCUUCCGAUCAAGACCACAAUCACACAUCCAUCGGCCGUGGCCAAAUUCAUUGGGGGUAACGCCUAUUACCUCGAGAAAGUGAACCACACGAGCAACGCAGCGGACAGGGCUCAAUUGCCACGGGUAGUGAGUGUUCCAUUGGCCCUGGUAAGACACAUAAAAAACACGGUGCUGGGCACUCACAAUGUCGACCAGUGA